UAUAUAUCUAUUUAUAUAUUAUUUAAAUAAUUAUAAUAUUCUAAAAUGGCUGGUUUCAACAAUUCCGAAGAAAUUAUUUACCAUUAUAAAAUAAUACUAAAUAAAACAAAAAAAAAGCUUUUUAGAAAACUAAAUACAUUGGAACCUAGUGACCAAUUUGCCAAACUAGCAAAUUUUUGUCAAAAGAAUGAUAAACAUGAUUAUGCUGCUUUGUGUUGGCAAGCUGUGGCUAAAUGUGAAGAGUCGAUGGAUCACAACUGUGAACAAGCUGUUGCUCAUCAAAAAGCAGCCCGUCAGUUUUUUUCUGAAUUUAAGAAAACUGAGUCAUCUGGUUUAAUAUCUCCUUAUAAUGAAAAUUUACAAGCUGGGCUAAGUGAAAUGAGACAUGCAGAGGAUAGUUGGCAAGGGAACUCAUUUGAAAAUAUUUUGAAAACAUCGAUUCGUUUAGAAACUGCUGAAACUCUUGUUUCUUUAGGUAAAUUAGAUGAUGCAGCUUUUAUUGGAAGUAGUUUGAUUGAUGUGCCACAUGAAUGUCAUACACUUAAAUUGGCUAUUCUCGAACAAAUAACGUCCAUUCAAAUUCUUUCUGAAGAUUAUGAAGGCGCUCUAUUAACAUUCACAGAAAUCGCAAAUACUAUUUCUUGCAUAGAUAAUGACACCAUUGGUAUUUAUAAUGAUAUUUUAUUCAGAUGUGAAGUAUCACGAGUGUUUUUACUACUUAUACUGAAACCUACUCGCCAAAAAAUGCCAAGUGAUUUAGCUUCAGUGUUGGAAAAGUACAUGUGGAUUAAUGGAAAUUUUGAUUCACCAGUUCCUUAUAUAUCAGAUGUAAUGUUCCGCCUUCUUCGUUCUUUGGUAAAAGCAUAUCAACUUGGUGAAACCACCUGUUUAGAUACAAUUGAAUCUGAUUUUACUCCACAUUUAACAUCAGAACAAAGACAUUUAUUAGCAGUAUUAAUCAAUACACUUACAUAGCUUCACUUUUUUAUACUAUCUAGUUAUAUAUUUUAAUAUUUAUAGCUCUUAAAAAUCAUUAUUAAUUUGUUAUAUUAUAAGUUAUAUACUUAAUUGUAAUUGUUUUUUCUAAUUUUUGUAUAUUAAAAUAUUGUUAUUGUGUUGUAAAAGUGUUGUACA